AUGGCUUAUUCCAAAAAGUAUGAACCUAUUCAAGGAGGUGGCUCACUUAUUGUCGCUUAUCAAAUAGCCAACAAGAAAGUAAUUAUUGUUGGAGGAGGCAAUGUUGCUGCACAACGUAUUGUCUCACUCAAGAUGGCAGACGCUCAUGUCACAGUGGUAUGUCCAGAAUCAGGUUUAGUUGAGGAAGUACGAUAUCGUAUAGAAAACAAGGAAGUAGACUGGAUCAAUCGCAAGUUUAUAGAUAAAGAUAUCGAUCACGUUGAUAUGUGCCUGACAGCCUUGGAUGAUCACGAGGAAUCAUUACGUAUUGGUCAGUUGUGUCGCGAACGACGUAUUCCCGUGAACGUCGCAGACGUACCACCACUCUGUGAUUUCUAUUUUAUGAGCCAGCAUCGUGAUGGUCCUCUUCAGCUUGCCGUAUCGACGAAUGGACAAGGACCUAAACUUGCCAAUAUGAUUCGUGUCGAAGCAGCCAAGAGUUUACCUCCGAAUAUGGGCAGUGUGAUCGAAAGGAUGGGCAGGCUUCGUGCAAAGGUGAAAGAGUGGGAACCCAGCAUGAAAAAUUCUGGAAAACGUAUGACGUGGGUAACACUACUUUGUGAAAAGUGGGGAUUGGAUGGCAUGGCUAGGUUGAAUGAAGUAGAUGAGGAGCAAGAGGCUGCCGUCUUUGAAGAGCUUCGUAAACACUUUUUGAUUGGUAGUGUUCCUCCUGUUGAAACUAUUUUGCCAAGAAAAGCUUUAUAA